AUGUCCCCCCCUGGCUCGGCCGCGGGAGAGAGCGGCGGCGGCGGCGGCGGCGGCGGUGGCGGUCCCGGGGUCCCGGAGGAGCCCACGGCGGCGGCAGCGGCGGACGAGGGCCCCGCCCGAGAGGAGCAGCGUCCCAUCCAGCCCUCUUUCACCAAGUCCCUCUGCCGUGAGUCCCACUGGAAGUGCCUGCUGCUCUCGCUGCUCAUGUACGGCUGCCUGGGGGCCGUGGCCUGGUGCCACGUCACCACGGUGACCCGCCUCACCUUCAGCAGCGCCUACCAGGGCAACAGCCUCAUGUACCACGACAGCCCCUGCUCCAACGGCUAUGUCUACAUCCCCCUGGCCUUCCUGCUCAUGCUGUACGCUGUCUACCUGGUGGAGUGCUGGCAUUGCCAAGCCCGCCACGAGCUGCAGCACCGCGUGGAUGUGAGCAGCGUGCGGGAGCGCGUUGGCCGCAUGCAGCAGGCCACGCCCUGUAUCUGGUGGAAGGCCAUCAGCUACCACUAUGUCCGCCGCACCCGCCAGGUCACCCGAUACCGCAAUGGAGACGCCUACACCACCACCCAGGUCUACCAUGAGCGCGUCAACACGCACGUGGCCGAGGCCGAGUUCGACUACGAGCGCUGUGGCGUCCGCGACGUGUCCAAGGCGCUGGUGGGGCUGGAGGGCGCGCCGGCCACGCGGCUGCGCUUCACCAAGUGCUUCAGCUUCGCCAGCGUGGAGGCCGAGAACGCGUACCUGUGCCAGCGCGCGCGCUUCUUCGCCGAGAACGAGGGCCUGGAUGACUACAUGGAGGCGCGCGAGGGCAUGCACCUCAAGAACGUGGACUUCCGCGAAUUCAUGGUGGCCUUCCCCGACCCGGCCAGGCCGCCCUGGUACGCCUGCUCGUCCGCCUUCUGGGCUGCGGCGCUGCUCACGCUGUCGUGGCCGCUGCGCGUGCUGGCCGAGUACCGCACGGCCUACGCGCACUACCACGUGGAGAAGCUUUUCGGCAUGGAGGGCCCGAGCUCGGCCGGCGGCAGCGCGGGCGGCGGCCUCAGCCCCAGCGACGAGCUGCUGCCCCCGCUCACGCACCGCCUGCCGCGGGUCAACACGGUGGACAGCACGGAGCUCGAGUGGCACAUCCGCUCCAACCAGCAGCUGGUGCCCAGCUACUCGGAGGCGGUGCUCAUGGACCUGGCGGGGCUGGGCGCGCGCUGUGCUGGGGGCGCGGCGGGCGGCUACGCGCCCACGUGCCGCUACGGUGGGGUGGGUGGCCCAGGCGCAGCGGGCCUGGCCCCGUACCGGCGCAGCUGCGAGCACUGCCAGCGCGCCGUCAGCAGCUCGUCCAUCUUCUCCCGCAGCGCUCUGAGCAUCUGCGCCAGCCCUCGUGCCGGACCGGGGCCCGGCGGCGGGGCGGGGUGCGGGGGCAGCCGCUUCUCCCUAGGCCGCCUCUACGGCUCCCGGCGCAGCUGCCUGUGGCGCAGCCGGAGCGGGAGUGUCAACGAGGCGAGCUGCCCCACCGAGCAGACGCGGCUGUCCAGCCAGGCCAGCAUGGGGGACGACGAGGACGACGAAGAUGAGGAGGAGGCCGGGCCGCCGCCGCCCUACCACGACGCCCUCUACUUCCCGGUGCUCAUCGUACACCGGCAGGAGGGAUGUCUGGGCCACGGCCACCGGCCGCUGCACCGCCACGGCUCCUGCGUAGAGACCUCACUGUGA